GUACUUACGUACAUUACAUACUACAUCCUGCAAAGCCUGAUAGGCCCGAGUUAUUCUGCUGUGAAAUGAGCAAUGAAUAAAUAGCAUAAAUUUCAUACUCCAGAUAUGAUAACCCAAUGAUAAUAUCAUAGUGACAAUUAUUAUUGAUAGUAGUAGGUGUGAUGGGCUUUUUUAUUUUUCUGUUCCCGUGCGGAAACGUUCCUGGAUCGGCUCACCCGCUAAUCGGAGCCCUGCUGAUCCGCCAGUCGAAAGGAAUGACUUACCCAACGGAGGUUGGUCGUGUGCUAGUCAAUAGCGGCAUGCAUCUUCCGUGGGCAAGUGGCACUGGCCAUAUGGUGCCUAGCAGCGUCCCCGGAUAUGAUAAUUCCUCCCCGUACGAGCGAGGGAACUGAAGUAACGAGUCCGGCAGCCAAAAAAUCAGAAGCAGCAAUAUGAAUUGAAGACAACGG